AUGUUGCGCUCAUUAUCCUCCAGGGCGAACACUCGAGUCGCCUCUCAUAGACCCGCUCGUCGGGUGACUUCCUUAUUGGUGAAGAAUCGAUCGAUACUGACAGCAGCAACAACGACAACAACGGCAUCGUCAUCGUCAUCUUCGUCAGCACAUCAGAAUCAUUGUCAUCCUUCCAUCCAUAACACUCUGCUUGGUCCUCAGCAUUUUCAGUUUGCCAACGAUGGCCGCAUUUUCGGAUUGCAUCAUGAUCAUCAAAUAGCAGCAACAAUAACAGCAACAGCAACAACAACACGUCGAUGUUAUUCCACCGUGUUAGCCUCCAGUUGCAGUGGAAGUCACUUUCCAACCAGCAGCAGCUCCAGCAAUGGUGAUGAUGAUACUACAAGCAACACGUUCCAGGUUCCUGCACAUCAUUCCAACCACAGACGACAACAAAUACGCAACAAGGUGUUUGUUAGUCGGCACAAUCAAUCGUUAAAUGUCACUUCCGAUGCCAUUGUACAAUAUUGCAACAGUCACAACAUUGACACUUCCGGCCACCGGACCACCAUGACUCAUGUCAUUCUCAAGGAAUGUCCCUUUUGUUCCAAACCCACUGGUGGCAAAGCUUCCAACCAAUACAAGUUAUAUAUUCAAAUUGGGGGAGGUGCCUAUUUUUGUCAUCGCUGUGGCGCCAGUGGAUCUUGGUACGACCUAAAGUCGACCGUCGGCGGUUAUUCGAUUGACACCAUGAUGGGUGCUGGUGCUGCUGGUACUGCUGCCAAUACGGCUGCUGCGGGUCCAGUGGGUGCUAGUGGCGAAUACCUACCACAUCAAUCAUCACGCAAUGGCGUAUACUCGAGUCCCACCAUGGCCCAAGCACCACCACCCACUAGCCUCCAAUUCAAGACAGGCAAUGGAGGAGGGGUUGGUGGUGAACGUGGUGGUGGACGACCAGCAAACAAUUCUCCAGCUGCUGCUGCUGCUGUACAACCACUUCCCAUGCCCAAGGCUCGAUUGAGUGGAUAUUACUCGUCCCGUCUUUUGGAUCCCCAAAACGAGCAAAAUGAGGUUUUGAAAUAUUUGCAAGACGAGCGUGGCCUCAAUCGCAAGACCUUGCGGCAAUACGGCGUGGGCCGGGCCAAUUAUCAAUUUCCCUCGGACCAGGGAGGUUACCAAUCGGCCGAAUGCGUCACCUUUCCAUGGAUCAUGCGAACUUCGGAGGUGCAAGAACAAGAAGCCUUGCGUGGAGUCACCUUGCCCUUGCACGACGAAACGGCACAAGCAAAGGAUGCCAAGACAAAGAACGAGACCAACAACAACAAGAACAACAACAACAACAACAGCACCAAAAAGGCCAAGGAUGCUGCCAAGGAUGCGGCAGACGAAAACGAAACUUCAGAAUCAGAAACAACCACCACCACAACUGCAGCCGACAAGUUGCUCACGCGCCGCAUCAAAGUACGUGCCGUCGACAACAAAUCCUGGCAACGCUUGGAUCCCGCCGGUGGAGGUUGGGGCCUCUUUGGAUGGCACACGGUCCCUCCUGGCAGCAACGAAAUUGUCGUGACCGAAGGCGAAUACGACGCCAUGGCGGUCCAUCAAGCCACGGGCCAAUAUGCGGUCAGUCUGCCGAAUGGUUGUCGGUCUCUGCCGCUCCAAGUCUUGCCGCUCUUGGAACAAUUUGACAAGAUUUAUCUCUGGAUGGACAGCGAUCUGCCAGGACAGGAGGGAGCCGAACAAUUUGCCAAGAAAUUGGGAAUCAAUCGAUGCUAUUUGGUCAAGACCAGUCUAGCCAAGGAUGCCAAUGAAGCUCUAUUGAAGGGUUUGGAUUUGAAUGCCAUGUUGCAAGACGCCAAGCUCGUGCCACACGAACGCAUCUUGACCUUUGCCGACCUACGACAAGAUGUCUUGCACGAAUUGUUGCAACCGGAACUGUACAUGGGGUCGCCCGUUCCUUCCUUGCCAGGAUUCACCAAACUCAUCAAAGGAUUUCGACGGGGCGAAGUGACGGUAUUGACGGGACCAACAGGAUCCGGCAAGACCACUUUUUUGGGACAAGUGUCACUGGACUUGGCAGAGCAGGGCUGCAAUGUCCUAUGGGGAUCCUUCGAAAUCAAGAAUACCCGGCUGCUGCACAAACUUCUCAAACAAUUUGCUCGAAAUCCACUCCCCGAUCACAAGGAUGCCAAUGCUUCGGAACUACUGGGAGCCCUCGCGGAUCGAUUUCAGAAUUUGCCCUUGUAUUUCAUGAAGUUUCAUGGAGGAUCGGAAGUGGACGAAGUCUUGGAUGCCAUGGAGUACGCAGUCUAUGUCAAUGAUGUGGAACAUAUCAUUCUGGACAAUAUGCAAUUCAUGAUUACCCGGCAGACCAACAAUUCCAAGUUUGACAAGUUUGAUAUUCAAGACAUGGCGAUUGAAAAGUUUCGAAAGUUUGCCACCGAACACAACGUCCACUUGAGCUUGGUGGUGCAUCCACGCAAAGAAGACGAGGCUUCCAAAUUGAGCAUUAGUUCCUUCUUUGGAUCCGCCAAGGCUACUCAAGAAGCCGACACUGUUCUCAUUUUGCAGAACGAUGGCCGACGCAAGUACAUUGACGUCAAGAAGAAUCGAUUCGAUGGUACUCUGGGAUAUUCACCAUUGUACUUUGAAGCCAAAAGUGGACGGUAUGUGGAAACAGAUGGAGGAUACAAUUCGGGUGGACCAGGCCAACAGCAGCAGCAACAUCAGCAACAACAACCACAAAAGAUUGAAUUCGCACCACCACGAAAGGCAUGGAAUAUGAAGCAAGAACCUGAAGAACCGGAGCCACCAAAUCUUGCCAACCAUUGGACCGAGUCCCUUGGCCUACCCCCAUAG